UCAUAAUUGCACUCCUACAGUGAAAGUAGCACUCGCUCAUCACAGACUUUGAGGAAACUCCUGAUACUCAACUAGAGUUUGCUGGUGGAGUUAACAAGGACGUGUUGCUAUUUUGAUGAUGAUUGGAACCAGCAAGAGAAUUUGAAGAUUAAGUUUAUCUCCUUUAACAGGUUCACCCAUUGAUGCUAUUUCAUACACACACAAUGGAAAAGUAAGUUCCAGUACAAAUAUUCAAGAUCAUGAUAAGUUCUUGAUGGUGAAGGACUGGUUGGAAUUGAUGAAGCCUCAAUUAAAUGUUGCUGUGGCUCUAGUUAUUAGCUUGCUCUGUAUUCAGCAUUCAUUUUGUGAUGAACUUUCUGAUACUGGACCAAACAAGUGGAAAUGUAGAUGCUCUUUAUUACAAGGGAACCAUACAUACUCUCGUGCUAAUUGUUCCAAAUCAUGUGAUUGUCAUUCAGAUGCUGAACAGAGUGCAUCCAUAUGGACAUGCUUAUGUGAUUCGAAUGGGUUUCCUGAAGUGUCAGCAGAUGGCCAUAACCUUAACUGUUUUGAUGCCUGCAAUUGCACAUGGGGAUCUCUCAGGAUGCCACUUGGUUCAAAGAAGCAAAUUUCGAGCAAGAUUGUAGUAGUUAUUCUAUCAGUAUGUGCUACAUGCACAACUAUUGCAUUUCUUGCCUCGGUUGUAUGUCAGGUCUGCCGAAGGGAGAGAUGUUCUAUUCAAUCACCAAUGAUCUCAUCAGAUAAAGAAACAAGUUACAGUAGCACCACCAACUUAUUCAGUCAUAAGACUUCUUCGCCUGUUAGUCAUAUUACAGGAUGCUUUCAGAAGUCCUCUUUGUUGUUUGGUAGCCAAAGACAAACCUUUUAUGGAAAUAUUAUUCAAUUUUCAUUUGCUGAACUGGAAAAUGCCACCGAAAACUUUUCAACUUCCAAUCUAACUGGACUAGGUGGAAGCAGUUAUGUAUACCGUGGUCGGCUGAAAGAUGGCAGUAAUGUGGCAGUCAAGAGACUGAAAGAUCAAAGAGGGCCUGAGGCAGACUCUGAAUUUUUUACAGAGAUUGAACUAUUGUCUAGACUUCAUCAUUGUCAUCUGGUGCCAUUAGUGGGAUACUGCUCAGAACUAAAAGGAAAAAAUGUUCAAAGGUUGCUAGUGUUUGAAUACAUGACUAAUGGAAAUUUGAGGGACCGCUUAGACGGAGUUUUUGGAAAGAAAAUGGACUGGUCAACUCGAGUUAGAAUUGCAUUAGGAGCUGCAAGGGGCUUGGAGUAUCUUCAUGAAGCAGCUGCUCCUAGAAUUCUGCACAGAGAUGUCAAAUCAACAAACAUUCUUCUGGACAAAAAUUGGCAAGCAAAAAUAACUGAUCUCGGUAUGGCUAAAAGCUUGAGAGCUGAUGACCACCCCAGUCGUUCAGAUUCUCCAGCAAGAAUGCAGGGAACAUUUGGUUAUUUUGCACCUGAGUAUGCAAUUGUUGGGAGAGCCUCUCUUGAGUCUGAUGUCUUCAGUUUUGGAGUGGUUCUUCUUGAGCUUAUCAGUGGUCGGCAACCCAUCCACAAAUCUGCAGGCAAAGAACAAAGUCUUGUUAUAUGGGCAAGUCCUCGCUUAAAGGAUAGCAGGCGAGUAAUAACCGAGUUGGCUGAUCCACAGUUGAAAGGAAACUUCCCAGAAGAAGAGCUGCAUAUAAUGGCAUACUUAGCUAAGGAGUGCUUGCUGUUGGAUCCUGACACUCGGCCAACUAUGACUGAAGUUGUUCAAAUUCUUUCCAGUAUCUCCCCGGACAGAUCUAGAAGGAGAAGAAACAUUCCAGUGAGAUUUUUUCAGGAACCGGAGGACUUGGAGAAUCAAAGGCAAGCUCCACCAAGUAUAUUUCCAACUUGUAAUUUAUUGCCGUUAGGUGUUGACCACAAUCUUAAUGUUGGCAAUGAAGAUAAAGAUGCACAUACAGUUUCAAGUGGGGAUAUGGAGAGUUUGAUCCUCUUUAGUCCAAAGGGUGAGAACUGGCAUGCAUCAGAGGAGGAAAUGGUAGAUUUAACUGAGCCUCGUUUCGAAUCAUUUUUCAUGACAAACCCCAAUUUCUCUUGAUGAAAGCAUAGAGCAGAAGAAGUCUAAUGCAUUAAUGUUGUGUACUAUGUUACAACUCUUAUACUACACUAUACUGUGUAUGGUUCAGUGGGAUAUCUAGGAGGAUGCACUUUUCUUCAGAGUAUGCUCAUCUAAUUUAUGUAUUUUUCACUUUCCUUUAAAGGGUCUUGUGCAUAGUUUUAUACAUGACAUAAAAGAAUUUGAUGGAGUGUUGUACAGAAAAGGGAUAUGUAAUUCUGGUUGUACUUUAUUUGAAGAAGAAUUCGAAUGUGAUAGUUUUGUACAGUCAUA